AUGAUCACCGACAACCUUCAGGUUAACCAUUUAUUAAACGGUUCUGCACGGACCAGAUCAACCUUGACUGACCGAGAAAGGGAGAUGAUUUUAAUUCUGAGGAACGCUGCCUUCUUCGAUCGUCAGGUUCUUCAGAGAAAGAUCUUCGUGGUUGAGGAAUGGGAUUGGCGCUAUCGCGACGCACAACUACGUGACACUGCCCCGGUGGUCGCAUUGCGUGGACCGGAUCGCCUGGUUCAAUACAUUGCUGCUGCGGCCGCAGCCUUGGAUGGCAUUGACGUUGCCGACUUCAGAAGUGACGUUGAACCCAGGAGGAGAAUGCGAGACUGGCUCAUCAUCACCAAGAAAGUCCCCAGACCGUGGGAAAGCAGAAGGAGCCUUCUCCCAUCACCCGCGCCGUCCAACGUCCCCCAACCGCCACGCGAACUCUGGCAUCUCCUCGGAUCUUUCGGGGUUGGUGGUCCUAAAGCCAGGUUGAGGAAGGUGAAUCGCAAGGAAAAGAUGGCCCUCAUCUUCAUGCGAGAACUCUUACGUGUCAGGUACGAGUUGGGCCAAAAGGGCAUCCUGACACCCGAGCACUACCACACGACGCAACGGAGAACCGACCUUUGGGACUGGGCGAUCAACUGGUACGACGGCUUGCUCAGGUUUUUGCAGUUUCAGAACGGCUUGAAGAUUGAGGGAUACCUGAAUAAUCCUCUAUGA